CGCCAGGUUCCGGUAUUGGCUGGGUUGAUCAAUGUAGAUGUUCCAGUCAGUUAUGCGGCACAGCAAGAGAGAGUCAACAUCGACAUCGAGUCAUCGCACCUCAAUGCGAGUAUAACUCAAUGACCGCGCCGUAUAAUCUCUGUUUAUCAUCUUUAUUUUCUCUUUUCGAUGACAAUGGCCACUCUCACCAUCGCCACAAAGGCGAAUGCAGCAUUCACUCUUCCACUCUACCUAGCCGGCGCUUAUGCCGCCCACCGCGGAUUUGAAGUCGACACCGUUUUCAAGAAUACAAGCAGUGCGGGCGCAGACAAGAAUUUCGCUGAGCUUGUUGCUGGAGACGGCCAAAUAAUAGUUGAUACUGCAAUUCUUCGCUACUUUUUAGACCAUUCGCCUUCUAAUGCGCUGAAGCGAAAUGAGAUUGGAGAAUGGAUCGACCGGUUCCAACCGUUUACUGUUCUCGACUUCAAAGCUCUAGAGGCUCCGGCGAAGGAACUCGAUUCGCAUCUCACACUGCGAUCGUACAUGGUCGGUCGCUCCCUGACUCUCGCUGAUAUCAUCAUCUGGGGAGCCUUGCGAGGCAACCGAGUCAUUGUUGGACUGCGGCGAAAUGGCCAAAAUAUCAACCGAUGGUUCAGCUUCAUCGAGAGCACGCAUCCCUGGCUAUCAGCUGCAGUGGUUGAAUUCUACAGCCAGACGCAACAAGCCAAAGCGGAGUCUAACCCAACCGGCGCGAACUACAACAUCGGGCUAAAGAAUGCCGAAAAUGGAAUCGUUUGUCGCUUUCCGCCAGAGCCAUCAGGGUAUCUGCAUAUCGGGCACGCAAAGGCUGCUCUUCUGAAUGACUACUUCGCACACGAGUACGGCGACAGACGCGGCACGCUGAUCUGCCGCUUUGACGAUACGAAUCCCUCCAAGGAGUCUCAGGAAUUCCAGGACUCGAUUCUGCACGACCUUUCGCUCCUCGGUGUCGUUCCAGACCGGGUUACGUAUUCCAGCGACUAUUUUCAGCAGAUGUACGAGGCCUGCGUUGGGCUGAUAACGUCCGGCAAGGCCUACGCCGAUCAUACAAUCAAGGAAGUAAUGCAAGAUCAACGCAUGAAGGGUAUUGCUAGUACAUGUCGCGGGAUGAGCGUUGAGGAAACUCUUGCACAUUUCCAGGAAAUGAAGUCCGGCUCCCAGGACGGGCUGCAGUGGUGCAUCCGUGCCAAAAUUUCAAUCGACAACGUUAACAAAGCCUUGCGGGACCCGGUCAUCUACCGCUGCAAUCACCGGCUGCAUCACAGAACGGGGAGUGCGUGGAAGAUAUAUCCGACCUACGACUUCUGCGCGCCGUACCUCGAUUCAGCAGAGGGUGUCACGCACGCCCUGCGUACAAACGAGUAUCGUGACCGGAACCCACAAUACCACUGGAUUCAGAACGCCCUUGGUCUUCGGUCUGUCGAGAUAUGGGACUUUUCCAGACUAAACUUUGUCCGCACGGUCUUGUCUAAGCGGAAACUGACCACCUUCGUAGAUGAGAGUGUGGUCUGGGGAUGGGAUGACCCGCGCAUGCCCACCGUACGGGGUAUUCGGCGGAGGGGCUGCACCAUCCCUGCGCUGCGAGAGUUUAUACUGAGGCAAGGCCCGAGCCAGAAUAUUGUGAACAUGGACUGGACGCAGUUCUGGGGCGUUAACAAGAAAUAUAUUGAUCCCGUUGCGGCGCGGUAUACGGCUAUUCCCAAGCUUGAUGUCGUGACGGCCUAUAUUGAUGGAGUCGGGGAGACAACCUCAGCUCAACGGCCGAAACAUAAGAACCCAGGUCUGGGGACUAAGGAGGUCAUCUUCGCAAAUGAGGUUCUUAUCGCGCAGGAUGAUGCGAGACUGGUGAAGGACGGCGAGGUGAUCACUCUCAUGAAUUGGGGAAAUGCUAUUGUUUCGAGCGUCACUACCGAGCCUACGACUGGGAAGAUCCUGACCAUCCAACUCAAGCUUGAUCUCGGGUCGGAUCCUAAAACGACAGAAAAGAAGAUUACCUGGCUUGCUAAGGAGCCGAGAAAUAUGGUACAGGUCGAUAUAUAUUUCUUCGACCACCUCGUUACAAGGGAUAAAAUUGAGAAGCACGACAACAUCAAUUUGUUCUUGACAAAACGGAAUGAAUUUCGCACAGAGGCUUGGGCAGACUGCAAUGUCUCGAACCUUCGUGCGGACGAUAUCAUCCAGUUUGAUCGCACUGGAUAUUUCCGUGUUGACCAGGCCUAUGGCGAGGGCCGUCCAGCUGUGUUGUUCAGCAUUCCCACAGGGAAGGGUGUAGAAAAAGUACUCGAGGUCAGGUAGACACUAGCUGGGUACCCCGAGGCUGGCUGUGUUAUGAUUUCUCACCCAGACACAGUGAUAAUUUCAUCGAUUUCUUUUUUAUUCACUACAUUCACUGCCAUCCAAACUAUGUAGAUGCUCGAGGGAAAGCAAAAAAAGAAACAAUUAGCAUGUCCUCGUUUCGAUCGAGGGACUUCCAGGUUAUGAGCCUGGCACGCUUCCGCUGCGUCAACAUGCU